UCGGUUCACCGCAACCGACGCAUAGCCCGCGCAACUCACCUUCACCAUCCGCCCAGAAGGCCGUCGCUACGAGUACUCGACGAGGAUACACAGACCGACCUCAUGCUGGCCUACAGAGCCUUCAUGCCAUGCGUCCUGUACCGUAUCUCGGAUUGUUGCAAUGAUAUUGUGGUCUCUGAUCUUUUUGUGUCGGUGUUUCGUUCGGGAAGAGGUCAAUGAUGUCGACUUCGAAGUCAUCGGAGCCUCAUGUACGGGACCCGCAGGCGUAUAGUCGCAUUCGCGCCGGACGGUGGGGACUGUCAACACCGGUAGACUUCCACCAGAUGAGGCUGCCCGUAGCUCUUGCGGUUGUCGGCGCGUACUAUCCAGAGUCGAGAAACACCGCGAAGGCUGUGUCGCCGUCGGCCGACGGGCGUCAUGGCCUAUUCCAGCGGCUCUCGCUUCCGUACAUUUUUCGCCGUUUGUCGCGAAACCCUGGCCCUUCGUCGGGCGGCUCGCCCACUGUUUCUGUGCGUCCGACGCCCCCCGCACCAGAGUCGGAUAUCCUUCGGACGCCGCCAACGUUGGCUGUGGAUGACUCGAACCUCGCUCCCGUAGCAGACUCCGUCUCCCGGUCCCUUGUCGCUGAUCUUCCGGAGAUUGGCACCGCAUCAGUAGACGUCGUAGGCACACCUACCAGCGACUUGGAUGCGACCGACGAUGUCCCGGCCACGCUCAACGACAACCCCGGCGCACUCACCGACGUCGAUGACGCGCCAGCUGACGACCCGAUGACCGAGAUGUGGAACGAGGCGGUGGCGGAAUGGCAGCGGAAGACUGACGUUGACCUGACCGCUCCCGAUUCUAUGCUAUUCAGCUCCAAGGACGCGAUAGUGAGCUACAUCGCGGAGAUGGAGGAAGAGGAGGAAGAGUCCAAGCAGGGUCGCUGGCGGAAACUGCACGACCAUCUAUUGCCGCUGGCACGAAUAUUCGAAAGGCUAUGCGCCCCCAUUGGUGAAACUCUGAGCACGACUGCUUUCCCGCCUAGUAAGGUCAUCUUCUCGGCAGUGGGCAUGAUCAUCCAUGUAUACAUUCGGACGCACGAGGAGCAUGAGCAGAUCGUUGACGCUUUCGAUGAGAUCCGCAAUCAUUUGCAGAUCAUCGAAGCCGUUGGCGCAAAUUCCAGGCAAUGCCUACAUGGCGCAAACGUCAAGUUGCUUGCGCAGAUCCUGAAUGUCCUUGGGGUCAUUGUGAGAUUGAGGCGCAAUAAUUACGGGGAGGAGCGGAAGAACACGAGCGAGAUGGAAUACUGCUUCAAGCAUGUGCUGCAGGUUGCGCGCGACAUCCAGGACAACAACACCUCGAACCUGGCGAUCCUGAGAAGCAUGGAACAUAUGUUCCUCUGUCAGGUGGAAACUUUGAGAGGACCUUUCAAAAUGGAGAGAAAUAAUGCAUGGCUCGGCUUUCAGGAUCCAUCGCCCAGAAUGAGCAAAUUGCUCAAUGAUCGCGCGGCGAGUACCGGGCUGUGGCUCUUCGAGAGCGAAGUCUUUGCGGCGUUCAAGGAGAGAAGGAUCCAGGUACUUAUGCUCUACGGGAGUGCGCCGCCGCGGUUCGAGAGCUGA